GUUACAUCUGAAACACAGGAGUUGGCAUCUUCCAGACUGACAGAUGUCAAGGAGACCAUGAUCAGAAUGGUAGAUAUGACCAAAGAGGCUGUGCAGGACAGCAUGAAGACCACCAAAUCAGUGGUAACUGACAGCAUGAGCACAGUUGCGGAAUCCAGAAUGGGCCAAUUGGCCAUAAGUGGAAUGGAAGCAGUGCUGGAGAAAUCGGAAGAGCUCUUGGAUCACUAUCUUCCCAUGACAGAUGAAGAACUAGCUGAACUUGCUGAAUCUGUGGAAGGGGCUGAAGUGUCUUCAGCACAACCACAAGAGCGUCGGAGUUACUUCGUGUGUUUAGGUUCCCUGUCAACCAAACUUCGCCAACGUGCCUACCACUAUUCCCUAAACAAGAUGAGACAUACCAGUCAAGGCAUCAGAGAGGCUCUUUCCCAGCUUCAUCAAACCAUGGGACUGAUUGAAUACCUUAAGCAAGGGGUUACUCUUCAAGAAGUCCAGGAGAAGUUCCAUCACAUAUGGGUGAGCUGGAAUAGAAAGCAGACAAAAGGCAGUGAGAUGAAAGAUCUGGCAAAACCAGAGAUGGAGUCUGAGACUUUAGCUAUGUCCCGCAGCAUUAUCCAGCAGCUGCAGGAUGCCUGCCAGAUGCUAGUAUCCAGCAUUCAAGGUCUCCCCACCAACUUUCAGGAUAAGGUGCAACAGGUGUAUCACAACAUGGAAGAGCUUCAUGCUUCCUUCUCCACUGCUCAUUCCUUCCAGGAUCUCUCCAGCAGCCUCCUAACCCAGAGCCAGGAGAUGGUGACCAAGGCCCAGGAAUAUGUAGAUGAGCUGAUGGCAUACAUGAUGGAGAAUACUCCUCUGUCUUGGGUUGUGGGACCAUUCACCCCAUCUGGUAAGGUGUCUGCAGAUUCCAUUGAACCACAAAACCAAGAAAAUGAGGCUGAGGAAGCUGAAGUCCUCACCUCCUCCAAGGCUAAGGAGGACCUGUGA